UCUUCGAGAGCACUAUCGCUAAUUUCAGUGUCUCUGCAAUACAUUAGAGAAUAUAACUAAUGUACAGUUCUUUAAAAUGUAUUUUGUUAGUAUUAUUUUGUUGCUUUAUCAGCUACAAAAAUGAAAGCAUGCUGCAUCCGUAAUUGUGCUUAUUGUUGAUAUUAUAGAUGAAUCAUGUCUAACGUUAAUCAUUUACUGAGAUUGAACUAACACUAAUUUUGUAAUCGUUAAGUUUCUACAAAAAUAUGCCGACUUCACACCAUCGCACAGAUCGUGAUGUGUGGACAGUUGCAAGGUUUGCCACUCUUACGCGACUGCUUUCUCUAUUUCUGCAGGCUGUACUGAAUGCUGUUGUUCCAGACCACAAGGCAGAUGCCUUCAAUCCACCACGAACAGAGGCCCCUCUCCUUCUUGAUCCCACCAUUGAAACAUUAUUUGGUGGCCUUAGUCGCUGGGAUGCCGAGCAUUUCCUCUUCAUUGCAGAACGAGGUUACUUAUAUGAACACAACUUUGCAUUCUUUCCGCUGUUUCCUGUCCUUUUGCGAAUAUUUGCGGACAUUGUACUGUGGGGUCUCUCUGGAUUGCUCUCAAUGCAUGGACGUUUGCUUGUGGCCGUAGCUAUAGGCAACAGCGUUCUCUUCGUCCUGAGUGCUGUGGCACUAUACAAACUGAGUCGGCUGGUGCUACAAGACAGAAAACUUGCCCUUAUUGCGGUCCUAACGUACUGUUUCACUCCGGCCAACGUUUUUAUGGUAGCAGGAUACUCCGAGACUCUUUUUGCAUGUCUCACCUUUGAGGGCCUUUGUCUUCUAGAAAAAGGGUUCACUUUUGGAUCUUGUCUUCUGUUUGGAUUUGCUACCGGUGCUCGUGCCAAUGGACUUGUGAAUGGUGGAUUUCUGCUGUACCUCACCCUGCAACGGAGGCUUGCACAUACUCGGCCUCUUCGUAAAGGAGCUAUAGAGAGCAGUAGAUGGGGUCAUUAUGCCUUGGCACUUACUCGGUUUUUGCUGACAGGAGUAUUUUACUCUGCUGCCAUUGCACUGCCAUUUUGUUUGUUUCAGUUUUAUGGCUACCAAACAUUCUGCCACCCAACUUCUACUGAUAGGCAGGUUCCUCCCUUGCUGCUUAAUCUGGCUCAAGAAAAAGGGUACCGUGUGCCUGAUGCACUGUCUCCAACACCAAUUUGGUGCCAGUGGCGAGUUCCGCUUCUCUAUUCCUACAUCCAAGAUGUUUAUUGGGACGUGGGCUUUCUCCGAUACUUCAAUUUAAAACAAAUUCCCAAUUUUAUUUUAGCAGUCCCCAUUGCUACUCUGGGGCUUGUAGCCUCAUACACAUACAUAAUGGCUGCCCCACUGUUUUGCAUGUAUCUGGGGCUUGGAGACAAAGGAAAACAUACAAAAACACGUGGCUUUUAUAACCAAAGAGUCUUUGUUUAUGUUGUGCACAGUUCUGUCCUUCUUCUGUUUGGAGUGUUCUGCAUGCACGUCCAGGUGUUGACAAGAUUUCUUGCAUCCUCCUCGCCUGUGAUUUUCUGGAUCGGUAGCCACCUGCUAUGUCAGUAUGAACCUCUACUGCAAGAUGAAAAUCUUUUUAACCCUGACCAAAGACAACAGCAGAAGGAUCACUUCAAAUCCACGGACAAAAGUGCGAAAGACUGGAUGUGUAGAAAUAAUCCAAUUAUUUACCUUUUGAUGCACUGGAGGAGUUGCUCCUUUUAUACACGCUGCAUCCUGGGGUAUUUCAUAUCAUACUGGUUUUUAGGUCUGGCUCUGCACUGUAACUUUUUUCCCUGGACCUAAAACGUUGUUGGAGCAAAUAGAUUCACUAUUCGUAACAUUGAAAUGACUAUCUGAAUGUUGUACAACUUGACAAAUAUUGUGGCAGCUAAGUUGUUUUAGAGAAACAUUUUUGUCAUAUAGUAGUUUUCAUACUUGCGAAGUAUCAAAGAUUUUCCUUGCAUUAAACAUUGCUGGUGUGGCUAUACAUUCUAUUGUUUCCAAACCAAAAAUAUAUGCUCGACUGUUAUGUUUUCACCCAUGAAAGUUCAGACAGUUUUAGUUUGUUCUGAAGUAAACAAAUUGAGCAGAUUGUAAACUGUCUGCAUUUUUCGGUCUAUUUAUAUUCUAUAUUUCACUAUCUAGCUGGUUAAAAGUAUCACA